AUGCUCGGCAACCUAGACAUGAACCCGGAGCUGGUUCCCCGCGUCAAGCUGGGCCUGCACAGUGUCCAGUUCGUCCUGUCCUUCGUCAUCUGGGCGUUGGAAAUUGCGGUUUUCAGAGCCGACAAUGCCUUAAUCGUUGGCAACAAUGGCUGGACCUUUGGAGUGUGCUUCCUCUCGCUUCCCGCAUGGAUUUAUCUGAUUAUGGCACCUCGGUGGCCGAGGACAAGAAAACUGGCCAACCCGUAUGCCAUGGCCAUCGUCGACGCUGUUUUCACCAUCAUCUGGCUUUCCGCCUUUGCAAGCCAGGCAGCAUACAACACGGCCAACCAGUGCGGUGAUGCCUGCAAACUCAGCAAGGCCAUCGUGGGCUUGGGUGUUUUUGUGACCCUCCUCUUCGGUGGCUCCACAUUUGUCAGUCUGUACACCCUCAAGUACUACCAGUUCCACGGAACUCUCCCCGGCUACGACAAGCAGAAGCUCGGUGACAACAUCGACCCCGACAAGGCCGCUUUCUCCAUGGCUCCCCAUGACGAGGAGGCCUACGCCCCCGUCCAGAUGGACGACCACAACGACGACAACACGACCCUCUACGGCGGAACCAACGCCCCCGUCGGUGGCUACAACAACGGCAGCUACAACAGCCGCUACGGGGGUUCUUCCGCCUACGGCGCCGAGGACGACGACCCGAACCGCUACGGCUCCCUGCCCUCGCGCCAGAACGGCGCCAUGUUCGACAGCGAGACCGAGUAUCACUCCCAGCAUCCGGGCUCCUCCGUCUCUCUCGCGCCGGUACAGCCGUACACGGCGCCUGCCUACGACGACGACCGGCCGGCGCAGUUCCCUGCUGCCAACUACGAUCGCACGUUACAUUAG